GCCACACGGUUUUUGUUUUGUUGACGCGAAUUUUAGAAACGUUUCGGGAACGGGAAAAUCGCUGAGUUAACUCGCUGUGCAACUGAGUCAGGUUGUUAGGUUGGUGUUUUGAAUUCUAGAGCCGAUGGUUCAGCUAAUGAGCCCGCGAAAGGUGACGGUGAAGUUGGACGUCGAUGAGUCGUCCGGCACCCGACUCGGUCCGAGUCACAAACGGCUCAAACUCGACUCGUCUCCGCAGAUGCCGGGCGAUGUUGAUGCGUCGGUGUACCAUCCGCUGGAUGAGCCGAGCCCACUCGGUUUGCAGCUCAAAAAAAGUCCAUCGUUUUUGGAUUUGAUCCAGAUGAAGCUGUCCCAAGAAAACUCUGCUAAAUUGGCAACACUAGGCAAGAGAAGUCACAAGGGAGCUGCUGCUUCCGGUGCGCCGGAUAAGCUCAAGGCUAUGAACUUUCCGGCUUCCCUUCUAAGGAUUGGGACUUGGGAGUAUAAGUCGAGAUACGAAGGAGAUUUGGUGGCGAAAUGUUAUUUUGCCAAGCAUAAACUUGUGUGGGAAGUGCUUGAUGGUAGUCUUAAGAACAAGAUGGAAAUUCAGUGGUCAGAUGUUGUGGCUAUCAAGGCAAACUACCCGGAGGAUGGACCGGGGACUUUGGAUGUAGUGCUUGCUAGACCGCCCCUUUUCUUUAGGGAGACCAAUCCGCAGCCUAGGAAACAUACCUUGUGGCAGGCAACGUCUGAUUUUACUGCUGGACAAGCCACUUUGAACAGGCGACAUUUUUUGCAGUGCCCACAAGGGUUGCUCUUGGGCAAGCAUUUCGAAAAGCUUAUUCAAUGUGAUCCUCGUCUCAACUUUUUGAGCCAGCAGCCAGAAAUUGUGCUAGAAUCUCCAUUUUUCGAUGCUAGAGUUACCGUAACAGCUGACCUUGAUGAUGAAUAUAGACAUCGGUUUGGUUCAAAGAUUGAAGAGGGGUCUGCUAUAUCUGGUUUGCAGGAAUCAGCAUCACCUUCUGGAGCUCAUUCGUCGCCAUCUAAGAAUGAACAAGAUUUUAGUGGUAGAGCUCCUGAAAGUUAUUCCCAGGAAAUUUCUUCGUCUGCCUCAGUGAUGGACACUGCCGGAACCUCAAAGAUGCUCAGCAAGUUCAAUCAAAUCAAAGUUCCUGGACUUACUUUGUCAAUGUCAGUGAGCGACUUCGUAAGCCACAUUGGAAAUUGCAUUUCUGGCAAGGAACAACCUAGCUCAGACAUGUUGGAGGAAAUUACUCAGUACUUGUUCAGUGAUUCCCAACUCCCAUUACCGUCUGAUGAGCAGUCCCUCAUGUCAAGAGUCAAUUCCCUUUAUUGCCUCUUGCAGAAGGAUCCUUCUGCAGAUCUAAACUUGCAGGCCAGAAGUGAUGACUGGUCGAAUGGAAGCAAUGAUCGAAAAGCAGCGGAAACUAACUCUGCUUCUGCAUCAGCUUAUGAGAGCAAACCUGUAGAAGGUUUUCCUGCACCCAAGGGUGAGCCCAAGGAUUCUGAUGGCAAGCAGGAACCGACCAUGCCGAGAAGGGAUUCAUUCGGGGAGCUUCUUCUUAAUCUUCCUAGGAUAGCAAGCCUUCCUCAUUUUCUGUUUAACUUGUCGUAAGUUUAUGAUGUAAUUAGGCAGGGAGUAGCCAUUUACCAUCCCGGAAUAGUCUUUGUACAAAAGUAUAGAAAAUCUAAAUGGCGGUUCUCGAGUCUCUGAAUACAACAGGUGCAGGUUGUUAAUAAAACGUGUACAACUUGGGGAUUCAGAAAUGUACGUCGGUGAAGAAUCCCGACGUGUUUAUAACGCCGACCUCGUUCUCGCUAGAAUCUUACCGUCCUUCGUGUGUCCUGCCCUGUCUUACCUUUGUAUGCAAUGAACUUUUCUUCCACGGCCAUGUGAGUUUUGUAGUACACUCUGUUAA